GUCUUUCUUCUGGAAAAGACGUCUCCAUCAUUUUGGGAGACGACUUUUGUACUGGCAAGCUUCCGAUCACGAACUAAUAUCCCUCCGUGCUUCCGAUGAAAUAAAGAAUUUGACAAAUCCAACGUAUUUGUUAGUGUCGAUGACGACAAAUGUCUAGGUUUCUUUGUGUCACAGCUAUACCUACAGACGAUACCUCUUGUGCCAUCACUGUCACUACCUAUGCUUGUUUUAUGAGGACGACACACAAUUUUACUAAGCUUUGACCGCCAUAAGUUCUUCAGCUCUGAAGUGAGCAACAAGGUCCACAUCGUCGUUCGCCUUUCUUUCGCUUGCGAUCCUGAACUGAAACAAGUCAGCUCAAUGCUCUUUGAUAAUAGGUCAAAGCCACCCCUUACUCCCAAGUUUAAGCAAAUUGAGAAAUCUAAAUCAUGACAUUACAAACCAUCGUGCACACGUGCGAUUAUUGUUUUGAAAUAAAGCACUAAAACUAUGUAUUUCAAGUAAACAGUUUCGAGAAAACCACGUCUCAUAUCGCCAUGACAUAACUGAGUCUGUAUGGUGUGAGCUUACCGAGUCUACUUCCCACUAUUCAAAGCAUCAUGGCGGUCGUCAUCGAGUCUGCAGACGUCGUGCGUUUGAUUGAACAGUACUUGAAAGAGAAUAAUCUCCAUCGCACAUUGACAGUGCUUCAGGAAGAGAGUUCCAUAUCCUUGAAUACAGUUGACUCAGUUGAAAGUUUCACAGCUGAUAUAACGGCUGGUCACUGGGAUACAGUUUUGCAGGCAAUACAAACACUUAAGCUUCCUGACAACAAACUGAUAGAUCUUUAUGAACAAAUUGUCCUGGAGUUGAUUGAGCUGCGAGAACUGGGUGCUGCCCGGUCUUUGCUGAGACAGACUGACCCUAUGAUUAUGUUGAAACACAACCAGCCAGAUCGUUACAUUCAUCUAGAGAAUAUGUUGGCUCGGUCUUACUUUGAUCCCAGAGAGGCUUAUGUUGAUGGACAAACAAAAGAGAAGCGACGGCAAGCCAUUGCACAAGCUUUGGCAGGGGAGGUGAAUGUAGUGCCACCAUCUCGUUUGCUGGCCCUACUGGGUCAAGCCCUUAAAUGGCAACAACAUCAAGGACUACUACCUCCAGGUACAACAAUUGAUGUGUUUCGUGGAAAAGCAGCAGUGAAAGAACAGGAGGAAGAGAAAUACCCAACACAACUCGGCAAAACGAUCAAGUUUGGUCAGAAAGCUCAUGUGGAGUGUGCUCAGUUUUCACCUGAUGGUCAGUACCUUGUGACAGGUUCCAUUGAUGGUUUUAUAGAGGUUUGGAAUUUCACUACAGGCAAGAUCAGAAAGGAUCUUCGUUACCAAGCACAGGAUAAUUUCAUGAUGAUGGAUGAUGCAGUAUUGUGUCUGGCAUUCAGCCGCGACUCUGAGAUGCUGGCAUCAGGUUCACAAGAUGGUAAAAUUAAGGUGUGGAAGAUUACAACAGGUCAGUGUUUGAGAAAGUUUGAGAAAGCACAUCUCAAGGGUGUUACAUGUGUUUCGUUUGCCAAAGACAACAGCCAGCUUCUUAGUGCAUCCUUUGACAUGACUAUACGCAUUCAUGGAUUGAAGUCUGGCAAACAGCUAAAAGAGUUCAGAGGUCACACAUCAUUUGUAAAUCAUGCAGUCUUCAAUCAGGAUGGUCAUCAAGUUAUCAGUGCCAGCUCAGAUGGUACAAUCAAAGUUUGGUCAGUAAAGAAUUCUGAGUGUGUCAACACAUUCAAGUCUCUUGGAGGAACUGUUGGCACAGACAUAACUGUUCACAGUGUUCAUCCAAUGCCCAAGAAUGCAGAGCAGUUUGUCGUCUGCAACAGAUCCAACACAGUAGUCAUCAUGAACUUUCAGGGCCAGAUUGUGAGGAGUUUCUCCAGUGGUAAACGUGAGGGUGGAGAUUUUGUAUGUGCAACUUUGUCGCCACGUGGGGAGUGGAUCUACUGUGUUGGGGAGGACUAUGUUCUGUAUUGCUUCAGUGUUGCUACAGGAAAGCUGGAAAGAACACUGACAGUUCAUGAAAAAGAUGUGAUUGGAAUCUGUCAUCAUCCUCACCAGAACCUGAUUGGGACAUACUCAGAAGAUGGCAUGCUGAAGCUCUGGAAGCCAUAAUUUAUCAGUCUGUGGUUUUACUAUUUUUAUCACGGCAGUUGAUUGUAUCCUAUGCUGCUUUAAUUAUAAAAACUUUGGGGUUUUUGUGUUUUUUAAAACCCAGAGACUUGAAUUUCUUUCAUGGUAAAAGUUGCCAGAUUACAUGCUUUUUAUUAAAUAAAAUACACUAUGAUUGUC